ACCAACCAACCUCCACAAACAAAUAACAAACCACCCCUCACCCAGAAAAAUGUCGGAUAACGAGUCUUCCUCCAGUUCCGGAACGCCCCCGCCCAUCACCAAAAGCCCGUACGAGAUCCUGGAGGUUCCCACCACCUCAACCGCUGCUGAAAUCCGCUCUGCGUACCGCAAACUAGCGCUGACUGUGCACCCGGACAAAGUCCCCGAGGGCGAGCGCGACGCAGCGAAAACCGCCUUCCAGGAGCUCACGUUUUCGUAUGGAGUUCUAUCUGACGAGACGCGACGGAAGCGGUUUGACGAGACGGGGAGCACCAGCGAGACUGCCGAGGGCGGGUUCGACUGGAAGGCUUUCUACAAAGCGCAAAUGGCGGACUUGAUUACGACGGAGAGUCUUAGGAAGUUUAAGGAGGAGUACCAGGGUUCCGAGGAAGAGAGACAGGCAGUUAUAACUGCAUACCAGGCGUGCGAAGGUUCUAUGGACAAGAUCAUUGAGUCAGUGAUGUGUUCGGACGUCCUGGAGGACGAAGAACGCUUCAGGCAGAUCAUCAAUGAGGCACUCGAUGCAGGGCAGGUGAAGUCGUUCAGGAGCUUCACGCACGAGAACAAGGCCUCCAAGAAACGUCGAAGAGAUAAAGCUGAAGCCGAGAGGCGUGAGGCAGAGGCGUACGCGAAAGAACUUGGCAUCCACGAUGAGCUCUUUAAUAACAAAAAGGCUAAAGCCGAGGAAGUUGAGGAUGAGCAUCGCGAAGAAGGGGCCGACAAGGGAUCUAAGAAAUCGAAAGGGAAAAAGACCAGGAAGGUGGACCCAGCAGAAGAUAUCAGCGGGCUCAGGAACCUCAUCCAGAAGAGAUCGAAUAAUCGCAUGGAAGAAAUGAUGUCAAGUCUUGAGGCUAAGUACCUGCCCAAGUCAAAGAGUAAGAAGAAAGCAGCAACAAACUCGAAGCGCAAGAAGGCUACGGAUUUGGACAAUGAAGAUGAAGAGGCAGAAUUGGCCCCACCAGAGCCUACCGAAGAACAAUUCCUUGCUGCGCGUGCCCGCAUGGAGGGUAGCAAGAAGCCCAAAACUACAAAGGAGGCGAGGGGAAAAGCCAAGACCGUCAAGGAAGAUAGUGCUGAUACUGAGCUGAGGAGGUCAAAGAGGGUUAAGAGGUAGUCUUUUUUUUUUUUUUUGUAUUUUUAACCUGCUGAUGGUAUGAUAAAUCUGUUCUGUACACGGAUGGCUUGGUAUUUGUUUGCGUAUAGAUAGGCUGGCUGACUUGACGUGCUAUUGCUACUAUUAUAUCCCCGUUACAGGUACCAUUGAAAAUUCCAAAUACUUUUUAUCUCAUUGGAAGUUGACAUUUGGAUUUGCUGCGGUUUUUGAAGGGUAGAUGUGUUAUGAUAUAAUUUUAUUACAAAAAUAUUGCUACUAUGAUAA